AGAAAAAAAAGAGUUAAAGCAUGGUGGGUUACAUUUAGAAAAUGAAUGAAUAGACUGCCUUCUGGCAGAUAUUAAGGUUUUCUCAUGGUUACUCUAGGAUUUCUUCUGGUUUUUGGAAAUUUGUUCAGAUGUUUAACCAGCUUGAAACUGAAUAUGGUUGGUGUUCAACCAUCCAAGCUAAUUAUUGGACAAAAUGGGAAGAUUCAGUGCAAAUAUAAUCUGGAAGGAGCAGAUCUUUAUUCUCUAAAAUGGUAUAAGAAUGGAGUUGAGUUCUAUCGCUAUAUGCCUGGACAAGAAAGAAAAAUUACAGUGUAUGAUGCUCCUGGAGUCACUAUUGAUCUGCAGUACAGUAACAAAUAUGAGCUGCAUCUUCGGUCCAUCAUUCUGGAGAGUGCAGGGACUUACAGAUGUGAGGUAUCAACAGAAGCUCCUGAUUUUAACACUCUGUCUGAAGUAGUACAGGUUGAUGUCAUCUCACUGCCCCGGGGACCUAAAAUAUCAGGUUUAGAAGCAGCAUAUUCUCCUGGUGAUCUAAUCAGAGCUAACUGUACUGCUCUCAACUCUCUACCACCAGCCUCUCUAAUCUGGUAUAUUAACAAGGAACCUGUUACUUCAACUCCUCGCAACAAUAGAUCUUUGGCCUACUUCCCCUCCUCUAUCCAGCAACAACCAGUUUCAUUCCUUCAAACAUCAGAGGAGAACAACCUUACAUCAUCAACACUAGAGGCCGUAUUCACGCUCAAGCUCAGUCAUUUCCAGGAUGGAAAACUUAAAUUGAAAUGUACAGCCUUCCUCGAUGAAAUUUUUAUGCGAAGUGAAGAGGUUAGCGUAGAACAGAUUCAACCCCAGUCGACCAUGUUCAGUUCCAGAGACGAAUAUGUACCGCUGGCCCCAACAAGAGACAUAUACAGGCCAAAAGGAUCCCUAGCAGAUUUUCAACCAAGUGAAAACGUGAGAACUGUAAGUGGUGCUGUGAUAGCUAUGGAUCCUAAGAAUCCAUUUCAUGAUCUACUUAACUCAAAAUCACAGCUGAUAAUUAGCCUCACUACCAUAAUUGUUUGCAGUAGUUUCAGCAUUAUUCUAUUUUAAUGCUAAACUUCUUCAUGUACUUACUGCUUUUGAUGUCAAAGUUAAAUUCUUCAAUCUUGCUAAAAUGAGUAAACUUUAAAAACUUUUUUUUACAUUCUUAAAAUAUUCUCCUUAUGAAAAGUUUUUUGUGUAUUUUUAUUUAUUUGUUUGUAAUGCUUAGAAUGAAUAAGGAAAUAAUAUGUUCAACAAAACUAUGUAUUAAAGCUUUUUUUAAUCCUUUAUAUUUCUAUCUGAUAUUUCUGAAAUUAUCUAAAACCCCUUUUUUGUACAAAAAUAAUCAAAAUAAUUCAGAACGUUAAAGAUUUAAUAGCCAACAAAUAAAGCUUAUAUAAUAAAGCUUUUUUUCUCAAUUAUAAAAAUUAGCUUUUUUAUCAAAAGUGAAAGGACCAAAAAAUUUACAUUUCAAUAUCAGCAUUCUAAACUUACUGUUUUCCUAACCAAUUUAAAGGUAAUAUUUAACAUAACAUAAAUACUGCUCUGGAUAAAAAGGUUGUAUUUAUCUUGAAUGCUUCAAAAACUAAUUCUUAAUUUAAUUUAAUGAAUGAGUUUUGAUUAUAUUUAGCAUUGAGCAUAUUUUUCUAAGCAUCAAAAGUUCAUAAGAAUCUCUUUAUUUUAAAAGUGAAAUUUUCAUAAGGUAUGUAAAAAUGUUGGCACUGACCAAAUUAUAAAAAUUAUUUUUUGUUGUGACUUUUGAGUUUUUGUCUUCCGUGUUCUGUCAAAGAAAAAAUUGUCAGACAUUUUUCAGAUUUUUGUGGAAUCUUACAAUAGCCAAAAAAAAUUCGAAUGUUU